GGCGGCGCAGGGCCAGAGUGACUUCUGAAUGUGAGGGCCGUGCUACCUACUUCUCGUACUAAGCCUGCGCAAGCGGACGAAACAGGUGAGAUGAAGUCAAAGAUAGCCAUGGGUAUCGAUCUGGGAACGGACUUCUGCUGCGUCGGUUACUAUGACGAUGGAAAGAUUGAGAUUGUCCCAAACAAAAUGGGUGCGCGGUGCACGCCAUCCGUUGUGGCGUUCGAAGAGACCUGUUUGCUCACUGGUGAAGUCGCCAAGUGUGUAGCGCGGCGGACACCCGAGCACAACGUAUUCGAGGUGAUGAAGCUGAUGGCGAGAUCUUUCGUUGAUGCCCAGGUUCAGGAGUACAAGGGGAAGUGGCCGGUCCAGUUGGUGCCGGGAUCAGGCAGGGGUGUUCAGAUUCGGAUACCCGGAGUACCGAAAGAAUUGGGUGAGGGAUUAUUCGAUCCGGAGGAUAUUUCGGCCGCCUUGUUGAAGGCGAUGAAGGAGAUAUCCGAGGAGUUCUUAUAUCAAAGAGUCGAAGAUGUUGUCAUUACGGUCCCCGUCUUCUUCAACGACCGGCAGUGUGCGGCGACUUUGGAUGCAGCGCGUCGAGCGGGGUUGAACGUUCUGGAGCUGAUAAAUGAACCAACGGCGGCGGCAAUUGCGUUUUGGCAUCAAGGUCUGAUUUCGAGGAGGCCUGAAGAAAGUAACAUCAUCGUUUUCUACUGGAAGAAACAUAGCCUCGAUGUGUACGUCAUCAAAGGGGACUGCGGCAUCCGUGUGGUGGUGGCGGAAACCCAUCCUGAUAUUGGGGAAGCGGAAAUCGACGGGCGGCUCAUUCGACACGUGGCAAACGAGUACAAGUUAAGGACAGGUGUUGACCUACUAGCUAACACGAGGGUACUUUCAAUGCUGAAGGAGGAGAUUGCCCGCGCGAGGCGUCGACUUUGUUCGCGCUUCGCGACCCGUAUCCAGCUAUAUUUAAGCGAUAUUGAUCUCGACAUAGGCUUAAGUCGUUCCACAUUCCUUUCACUCAACGAGGCCGUGUUUGAGAAAUGCAGGACAGUAGCAGUCGAAGCUGUUUACGGAGCGGGGAUCACAACGAAAUUCAUCACGGACGUGUUGCUGGUUGGGCAAACGACACAAAUACCAGGGGUUCGAGAUAUGCUGGAGACAUUGUUCUGGAGGGAGCCGUUGGGGGUUUGUCGUGAUGAUGAGCAUGAUGAGAUGGUGGCCAGAGGAGCAGCGUGCGAGGCUGAUUACCAGAGUGACAUGGUGUUCAGACUUUACCAAGGCGAGCGCGCUCUGUGCCGCAUCAACCGAUUUCUUGGCGCCUUCACGCUAAGCGGUUUCAGACCGAUGGCGGCGAGUGGAACACCGAUAGUGAAGCUCGUGCUGAGAGUCAAUUGGAAUGGGAUUCUGUACGCAUCAGCGGAGGCGAUUGCCGAUCAUUGCGAGAUAGGGAAGGUGACCAAGCUCGAGGUGCGCCUUCGGAAAGAGCAGUCCGCGAAUGAUCGGCCUGCUGCGAUAGCUCACGAUGAGCAAGAAUGCGAAGAGACAGAAGAGGACAGGGCACUUAGAGCAACCUUUGAAGCGCGGCGAGAUUUGCAGAAGCUAGUUUGGGAAAUCCGAGAGAAGCACUUCGAGAGAAUGUCCAUCUCGCAGAAAUGGCGUAUGACAGAGGUGUUGGAUUGGCUAUCAAGCGAGGAUAAUUAUGCCGACAAGAGCGUGUACGAACGAAAAGCGGCAGAGCUCCGGAGCAUUAUGGCGAGAGUCUGUGGGAGGAAUGGUCUGUGCCGCUGAGGGAGUCUCACAUCCGCUUGAUGACGUCGGUUUUCAUUCUGACUAGGGCCCACGCGGUUCCACGCCUCCAUACGCAAGCGGCAUCGGAUAGGUAGCGGUCCCAGCUGAUCUCCUUUUUUUUUAUGGUUCCUUCUUAACAUUGAGCGGAUGUAUUCUAAGGAAAUCAGUCGACUUUGAUUAUAUUGUCACAAAGGAAUAGAAAUGAAGAGUAGGGAUUCCG